CUGACCAUCAGAAUAUCAUUUAAUUCAUGAACCGGGCAGCGCGUUGUCUCCUUCAGCAAGGCACUUCAUUACACGUUGCUCCAUUGAUUGGUGGAGAUGACAGAGGUCUAUGUGACCCGGAAGAUAGCGAGAUGACAGUGUCCCCGGGAUGAGGGACAAUCAAUGAUAUGGAAUGAUGACAGGCAGCGCAGUGGACAUCAUUGAUGAAUCGACCUGUCUUUGAUAAUUCCAAACUUCUUCUCGUGGGUGAUGGCGAUUUCUCUUUUACUUUGGCCCUCACCAAUUAUGUGGAACCGUCCAGUAUUGUCACCAGCAACUUGGAAACUGAAGAAUCCAUCAAAAGAUACAAAAAUGCCUGCAUUAACAUGGAAAGACUGAAAGAAAAAGGAUGCCAAGUUAUCUUAGACUUAGAUGCCACAAAGUUACACCAAGACAUUGAUCUAAAGAAUGAGGCCUUUGAAAGAAUCAUUUUCAACUUCCCUCACGUUGGUGGAAAAUCAAACAACAAAAAGAACCGAGCACUUUUGAGGAAUUUCUUUAAAAGUGCUUCGUCCAUUUUGUCUCCAUCUGGUGAAAUCAUGAUGACCCUUUGCCAGGGUCAAGGUGGAACCCCUGUUGACAGUGUCCAGAGACUCUGGCCAGACACAUGGCAAGUUGUGUCCAUGGCAGCAGACUCCAGCCUAAUUCUUACCAAAGUUCUUCCAUUCCAAGCAGAUCUUUACUCAGAAUAUUCCUGCACAGGUUUCAGAAGUCAAGACAAGGGUUUCUCAACAACUGGGGGCCUCACUCAUGUUUUCCAGCUUCAGGAGUCUGUCAGUGUCCCUCACACUCUUCAACUCAAACCUCUCCCCUUCCUCAAGGGGACACUCAACACUCCACCUUACCUUUACUCAAAACUUUACAACUACAAACAAAUUAUGAACCAAUCGGGCUGUCAUCCUCUAAAAACUAUUUUAUCCAACUUGAAACUAGCCUUUUCCAAUCUGCACUCUUGUAAAACUGUUCCAGAAUCUUCUCAAGACUCUAUCAUUCACCAUCGAUGCAAUUCAUCACUAUUGGCACCAAAAUUUCUUACAGAACCCCAGGGAGGUACCAGUAUCGGCCAUUCAUCCUUUGUAUAUCACUUAAUAAAAGAGCCAACAGGGUUUAUAGUCGACCAAAGCAGUGGUCAGUGUUCUGUGGCCGAAUAUCACCUGAGAACAUCUCUGUUGGAGAAUGUACCCGACUUACUUACAACAGAAGAUAUAGGCAUUGACCAACUGCUGCUUCUACACGGUUUGGUUUUUAAGAAGGGCCAUAUUUUGGAUAACUAUGUCCCCGUAUCACUUGAGUUGCUGGGAAUCCUGCCACAAGAGAAAGACACACUGUCUGAAAGUAAAAAACUCUUUGACCUCAUUUCAAAAAUUUUGGAAAAAAUUGGUGUCAGUGUUUCUGGCCAUUAUCCGGAGGAUCCACAACUUGUUGAAUCUGGGACCAUUUCAGUCGCAUGUGUUUUGCAGAUAUUUCAUUGUCGUGAUGACACAAAAAGAAAUUUAGGUGCAAUUUGGAAAAUAGAUUUUAAAAAUGUUAAAAAAAAACAGCAAACAUUUUUGGCAUUUCUCUUGGAUAUUCCAACCGUUUCCCAACUUAGCUUUUCUGUAGAACAUGAUUAUCUCCUCUGGGAACCAGAUUUUGUUAAAUACUUCAGCAAACUUCCCAUAAUGAGUCCUGGUAACAAGUUAGUUCCUUUGACUUUUUAUCCUCUUCAGUUUAAUCAUGACAUGAGUUUCUGGGAAAACUCCGAGGUUUCUUUUGAUGAACUUUUCUUUCACAACAUCAUCAGGGAUGUCACUGGGGACUGUGUAAGAAAUGUCUGCCUUAUUGACACUUAUCAAGAACCAGAUACUCACAGAAUCAGCCGUUGCUACCGUUUCACUUUUCAAUCAUGGCACCAAUGUCUUUCAUAUGAUAUUUCGUGGAAACUUCAAAGUUUUCUCCGGACACAAGUUGCUCAUCAAAUGGCCAUCACUCUUCGAUGAUUCCUCAAAACGAAAUAAUAUUCUUAAAAUCCUUUCCACACCCAAAAAAAUUCUUUCAUUUUUAAUAAUACUUUCUUCAACUCAGGGAGGAAAUGGCAGUGGUGGUGGUGGUGGCACCUUGGCCCUGAGCCUGAACAGAUUGAAAUACUUUCCAUUAGUGAUGUGAAUAAGGAUCAGAUGUUUGGAGAAUGUCACCUGAGAUAGACUGCUGCCCUCUUCAGGAGUCAUAACACCAUCUCUACUGAAGUGAGGGCCAGCUGAUCGACUAGAAACAGCUACCAAAUAUCUCGAUUACCUGGAUUUGAACCUGUGACCUAUCAAGAAUGCUAAAAAUUGCUUAUUUCCAAGGGAGGCAACAAUGUCAUCAGUAAAGUUUCUAUCAUGGAUGAUCCAGGGCCCAGUGCACACACUGUGUUUGCUGUAGAAAUGUAUAUCAAGAAUGAUGAUUGUGAGGCUUUCAUGCCACAUUUUUAUAUCAAUGGCUGUCUGCCAAGCAAAUUCAAGGUUUUUGGUUUUUUUCUCAUUUUUGAAUCAGUGUCAACACACAUACAAUAUUGUUUAUAUUAUAUCUACAAUACUUUUAUAUUACAUAUAUAUAUAUAUAUUCGGUGACUACUCUGCAUUUCGUGCAUCUCUCCUGGAAUGGAAACGGCCAAACUCACAGAAACAACUCAGACAGGUUCCAUCUUCCAAAUCCGAUUGAGUAUUUUGUUGUCUCUCAUUUUUAAAUCCAAAUUGCAUGUAUAUAUAUUUCUCUACAGACAUCUGUAUACAUGCACAUGUCUAUAUAUUUGUCUCUCUGUGUGUAUGCAUGUAUAUGCGUGUAUGUCUAUAUACAUAUGGAUUGGGGUAUGUAUGUGGUCUUGCAUGCAUAUGUAUAUAAGUGAAAUGAUAUAUAUAUAUAGUCAGAGAUGUGUUGUUAAUUAGUGUGUAUAAGCAGUAUGUAUAUAUGUAGGUCUGAGAGACAUUGAGGGAGUGUGUGUGUGUAUAUAUAUAUAUAUAACACCAUGUCUGUGCAUGUGUAUAUUAGUGGUAUGCAUAUAUAGUUCUGUGUUGAUGCAGUUCAGCAUGAUGCAGCAAAAGAUCUAAUGUUGUGCAACGCUGCACCCAAUUAUUGCAGCCUUGUUCCCCAUUUGACACGUUGCAUAAGACAACAUGCUAACGCUGUUCCGAUUAUCUGAAAAGGAAAAAAAAAAAGGGAUGAUUAACUGGUGAUGAUGGGUGGGGGUGCAUGGUCUGUGGCCCCCUACACUAACUCCAUCAGGUGCACCCUUAAUUCUAACCUCUCCCCCAGGAACUGGGCAGAGUAGUGAGAAGCUAAAAACAAGGGAACCCUUAAAUGUCGAUUCCAUAAAAUAAGGCCAUUACUCUGAAUAAGGGCGAUGGUGGUGGAGACAAAUGAGAAUGUGCUCCGACUCCACACGAAGCACCCCUUCCCCUCUCACUGCUAUGUCUACCUCUACCAGAGUUCCCAUAAACCACACACUCUAAGCCCCUCCCUUUAAGUCUAGGCCCUGUCGCCAUCUACAGCUUACCCAGAUGUAAUAAAUCCAAUAGACAUUGUUGGGAUUAUCAUCAUAUUGAUAAGGGUUAGAGGGGACGGCAGAGUAUAUAUACGUGACUCACCUGUAAACAACACAAACCGAGACCAACACUUCCAAUUAUAUAGAGAUUGUCUCGGAAAAAUUCUUCCAAUUUUCUAGCGCAGCCCUGGAGAACAAGUGAGAUAUGGAUAAACAUUGUAUAAACACACAACAGUAUAAUGCUAGAUAUAUAUACAUAUAUAUUAUACAUAAUUCUGCACACAGUUAUAUACAAGCAUACAAUACACACAUUCCAUGCAGCUAGAUUAUAUAUAUAUACAUACACACACAACAAAAAAUUUUCUAAUUAUAACAAAGUAUUAAUUAUAUAAAAAACAAUUAUUUAGAAAAACAGUGGUGGCCUGAUGGACAUUUUGUGCAAGAGCUUUUCAACUGUUUCCAGCAUUUCACACAUUAUAUAACAUGCAAACACACACAUGUAUGUGUGUGCAUACACAUUACAAUUGUUUGCAAACACUUUCUGACUGCAGAAUUCUAUCAAGAUGGCGGAGAGCCAACAGGGGCAUUAGCAUGCUAAGCAGUAUUCCAACUGUGUUUAUGUUCUGGUUUUGAAUUCUGCCGAGGUUGACUUUGCCUUUCAUCCUUUCCCCAAAAUUCCAGGCCUUCUGCCUAGAGUACCAAAGAAUUCUAACUAGAUGUUAUCUUUGAAUCUGAGACACAAAUUCUUUGCAUUAUACAUCAUGUAGACUGGGAAAUACGCAUGUGAAGCAGAUCAUUGUAGACACGAAAACUAUUAAAUUCAUUUUGUUUUUUUUUCUUGAGGUGUGACAAUUUUCAUUCCACUUCUGUAACCUUUUCAUUGUUUCUUUCAUCAAAUAAAAGUGAAUUCAACAGA